AAAAGGGUUUGAAGAGAUUUCAUUUGUCUUGUUGCAUUAGCUACUUCUCACUUUGAUCUAUCAAACAAAUGUCUCGCCGGAGUCGUCAAAAGAAUAAAAAGAACAAAACAAUGGCUCCAACAAUGGUAUACGACGAUGUUUGCGAGGAAGAGGACAUGAGCAUCAUCACCUCUUCCGAGAAUAGCCAUUUCAUCUUCACAAUUGAUACAAGAUUGUUGAUUGACCCUCGUCUAGUUUUUAUCCACAAAUUAAUUGGCGAAGGCAAUUGCUCCAGGGUAUAUGCAGGAAUGUUCGAGUCCAAACCGGUUGCUGUGAAGGUCAUCCAACCAAUGAGAACAUCAGAUGUUCUCUUCGAACACAAAGAGAGAUUCGAAAGAGAAGUCACCAUACAGUCAAAGACCAAUCAUCCAAACAUUGUCCAGCUAGUUGGAGCAUCUGUGGAUCCCGCCAUGUUCUUAAUCACGGAGCUCAUGUCCGGUGGAACCCUACAGAAAUACCUGUUGAGUGUCCGCCCCAGCCGUUUGGAUUUGGAACUCUCUCUUAGCUUUGCUCUGGACAUUUCACGUGCAAUGGAGUAUUUGCAUGAUAUCGGCAUCAUCCAUCGCGACCUCAAACCCGGCAAUUUACUGCUCACGGAAGACCACAAGAGUGUGAAAGUGGGUGAUUUUGGACUUGCAAAGGAGUUGAUGACAAAUGAAAUGACGUGCGAAGCUGGAACCUACAGAUGGAUGGCGCCUGAGGUGUUCAGUCGAGAAUCACUCCAAAUUGGAACCAAAAAGCAUUACGACCACAAGGUGGAUGUCUACAGCUUUGCAAUCAUCUUGUGGGAAUUACUCACCAAUGAAUCUCCAUACAAAGGAAGAAACAUGCUCGCUAUAGCCUAUGCCGCCAUAGCCAAAAAAGAGAGACCUAGCUUGGAGAACCUUCCAAACGACGUCGUCCCACUCCUACAAUCUUGUUGGUCCGAGGACCCAAGCUGUCGACCAGAGUUCACAGAGAUCACACGUCACCUAGAAGAUGUGUUGGAGAGAAUCAAGGGUUCUGAAAACUCGUCGUCUUUCAACGAUUCAACGAUGGCAACUAUUGACAACCAUAGUAAAAGUAAUAGUGAUGAGACAAAGGAUCAUGAACAACUAAUUGUGAAUGGUAAAGGUGGUCAUGUGAAAAAGAGUAAACAUGGAACACCGUUCUUUAUUUGCUUCAACGAUUGCUUGUGUGAAUAG